AAAAUAUGGGACAAGAGAUAUCACAACAAAAUAAAUGCAACACGGGAAGACGGCAGCAACAGCAACAACAAACACAAAUACACAACAAUUUAAGGCAUCAAAAUUUUCCUUCUAACGAUAAAUACACUAAAUAUAAGGACCCCAUCUAUACUUCAUCAAGCAUUUCGACAGCUUCAUCCACUGACGACGAACACUUUAAACAACGUCAAAAGUACAAUUUACCCAAUCAAACCUAUGAGAAAUCUAAAGUAGCCAAAAAAUUAAGUUACAACAGCACAACUACAGCUUCCACAACAUCCGAUUAUCAGAUCACAUCCGUCAGCAGUCGCAGUUCAACAGACAUCAGCACACACUACGAAAAGAUUGUACAUAGUAAACGUCCAUCAAACGAUUUUCAAAACACAAAGCUGCAUCGCAAAAGCUCAAUUAGUACGGAUAGCGGAAUUUAUUACUCCUCAUCCUGUCAUUGUUCUUCUGUCUCAUCAGGUGCAUCUAGCUCUUCAGCCAGUUCUACAAGCGGUUGUUCAAUAUCUUUAGUAUCGAGUAAAUCGAAUAAAUCUUUGGAUAAACAAAAAAAUUAUCUCAAUCAUCAUUUGUAUAUUAAAUCUUAUUUAGACAUAUUGGAGGAAGACGAAAAAGCACGGGCACACUAUAAGCCAGGCAAACCGGGUGGAAUACGGAACUAUACGCCUAAAAUAUUAUCAGACGCCACACUAUCUGUGAGUGCACCAGCCGUGGGUUUCGCUGCCAAACAACGUGCAAAAGUCAAGGAGGAACCGUGGAUUUGACAAUUACUGAAACAUGG